AACGAAACCACCGUCCUGCGAGGCGCUACGGCAACCGGCCAAUCGCUGUUCGAUGUCGAGACGCUCGUGGAAGCGAAGCAAGUGCUCGAUCUGGCAGUCGCCCCGAGCGGUAAGUUGCUUGCCGUGCGUAGUCCCAACGGCAUUCGUAUCUACCCGAUGCCGCAGAAAGGGGACAAGGAACUGGCCAAAGAGAUCUGGAGUUCCGACUCUGGUCCUGUCUUGCAGAUGGAAUUCCGUUCGGAUGAUGUGAUCUUGCUCGGCUAUCAUCCCGGCCAGGAAAAUCCGCGGCUGUCGGUCGUGAAUUUCAAAACUGGCCAAGUCGUGCACGACUUCCCCAAAGAAGCGGGUGGCCUGCGUUACUUGCACUUCACCGUUUCACCUGAUCGUAAUCAUGUCGCACUCGCGUUCACCAAUUACUCGGGCACCCAAAACGAUGCCCCUCAGGCGAUCUCCGGGCACUUGAGCUUGUACAACUUGGACCAACCUGGUCAGCCGAUCGGUUCGGUGACUUGUUCCGGAGUUGCCGCGUACCCGGCGAUCUCGGCCGACAACCAAGCGGUUUACUUCGUCCAGCAACACAGCCUGGGCGACCGCGACAUUGGCCAGUGGAAAGUGGGCCAGAACAAGACCGAGAUCUUGACGUUCUCGCGAAAAGGGAUCGAUACCGCUGGGACCGGAUCUCGCGAAGUGUCCCAAGUCGAUUUCAUUCCUGGCAAGCCAAACGAUAUUCUCGUCAGCUUCAGCAAUCGCGACAUGGAAGAGUGGGACCUGGCCAAACAAAAAAGCCUGGCUCGCAUGGCCCCUUCUCGGGCCGUCGUCUUCUGCGACUUCUACCAGAACGAUCAACAAGUGGUCACCGCGCAUGUCGAUGGCCUGGCCGUUGAAGCAGCGGCGCUCUCCGGCGAUUUGCUCGCUGUGGGGGGAUCGGCCGGGAAGAUCGAUAUCAUCGACUUAGGUCAGAAGGUGGUCACGCGUUCGUUGCCGAUCGAUGGUGCGUCGAUCGAUGCGUUGGCCUGGGCCGCUCAAGACGACAAACCAAUCUUGAUGGUCGCGACCAGUCAGAUAACGCCUGACGCCGACAACGGCGAGCAUCGCGUCGGUCAGCUUCAAUUGAUCUCGGCGACCGAUUGGACGCCGCUGGGGCAACCGUUUGAUCAGCACCCUGGCCGAUACCAUAGCCUGACCGUUUCGCAAAAGGGAGAUCGCUUCGCGGCGACAAGUUCCGAUAAGGGCGUGCGAUUAUGGACCGAUGCCCAAGUCACCGACUUGGCUGCUACCGAGCCGAAGAUUCUCUCCGGCCACUCCACCGACGUGACAGGGGCCGCGUUCUCGGCCAAUGGCGAUCGUCUGGUGACCGGCAGCUUCGACGGUUCGUUGACAGUCUGGUUUGUCGAUCGUCCUGUUCGUCCGGAAGCUGGCAUGGAAGAAGGAGCCGCCCCAGAGCAGGGCGAAUUGCACAUCCAGCAGUUCGUUCCGCUGAAGGGGCAUCGAAAAGAAAUCUCGUCGAUUGCCUUUUCGCCAGAUAGUUCCAUGCUGCUGACAUCGUCGCUCGACCGUAGUGCCAUUUUGUGGUUCACGACCGACCUGCCCGGAAACUUGGCCAUCGAUGCCGAGGGGGAAUCGCCAACCAAGCCCGAGGUAGUGUCCAGCAUGCAGCCAGAA